UCCGGCAGGAUGAAGAAAGCUAGAGUGUCAACACUUGCAUAUCUCCUCUCCUUCCAACCCACUUGUUUGAUGCUAUUGCUUUUCUUAAUGUUUUCAUUCUCUGUUUCAAACCAUGACAACCUUCUCAUCUCUACUUACGACGCGUUCAUCGAAGCGAAAUCGAGUAAUUUAGCCAUGUUUUUCUUUCUCAAUGUUGUAAUGAUCUUGAUCCUUCUUGGGAGCGCCAAGCCUCCGGCGGAGGAGUUUGAUGGUUUGUUUUCUUUUCUUUCAUCGGCGUACGGAUUCAGUGGCUCAAAAGAAAAGGAGAAUGAUCAUGAUAAAGAGCUAAGCUUCGAGACAGAUGGAGAUCAUUAUUCAUGUAGCGACGAGGGCGAAGCUGGGGACGACGAGAAUCAUGGUUGCGAUGAAGAUAGUGACGAUGACAACGGUGCAGAAGAGGAAGAUGGUGCAGAUGAUGAUUGCAGCGACAGUGAUUUGGAGAGGAGAAUUGAAGAGUUUAUAGCAAAAGUGAACAACACAUGGAGAGAGGAAAUACUAAGAGAAAGAUCUCUUCUCCGUUUUGAUAGUACGUACUAGCUUCUCUGUUUUUGAAAGACAGUACUGCUGUUAGUUCAUCUGGUUUUACUACCUGAAUAUGUAUUUUGUAUAGAAAUGGAGAUUUGAUAUAGUUGCUGUAUUACAAUAUUG